AUGGCCGACCUUGAUACCUUACUUCAAGACUUUUCAUACCUCAAAUCACUUGAACACCGCAACGAACCCCCGCGCAAACUCAAUGCUCGACUUCAGCUGCCUGAUCCUUCUGACUACUUUGUGCGCUACUGCCAAUGGAAACACCUCGAGCUCAACAUGGUCAUCACCCGUGAAGACUUUGAAGUCCAUCGACUCAUUGGUCGCGGUGGCUUUGGAGAAGUCUAUCCAUGCCGAAAACGUGACACGGGCCACAUCUUUGCCAUGAAGCGCCUCGACAAGCGCCGACUCAAAAUCCGAAAUCAAGAAACCUCAGCCUCACACGAGCGCAAUGUUCUGGCUGAGAUGAACUCCAAGUUCGUCACCAACCUCAAGUACGCCUUUCAGGACAAAGAUCACCUUUACCUCAUCAUGGACUUGCUCGAGGGCGGCGACUUGCACUUCCACCUCAAACGCGGUCCAUUUGCAGAACCCACCGCGGCUUUUUACGCGGCUGAGAUUGUCCUCGGCUUGGUGCACAUGCACUCGCGUGACCUGAUCUACCGCGAUCUCAAACCAGCCAACAUCUUGCUGGACCGCUCGGGUCAUGCCCGUAUCUCCGACCUGGGCCUUGCCCGCUACACUGUGCGCAACCUGCCCACCUCAGAAUGCGGCACGGUCGGUUACAUGGCGCCUGAAGUCUUACAGGCAGGCGUCGAGUAUUCGUACGAAGCCGACCUUUUCAGCCUCGGCUGUGUCAUUUUUGAAUUUCUCACGGGCCGCAAUCCGUGGCGCUUCCACGAUGGCAAACGCCAAUCAAAAGAUAACACGCGUCAGGCCAUUCUAGAGACGGAGGUCGUUCUGCCCGAUGACAUGUCCACUGAUGCUCGUGACAUUAUCACGCAAUUGCUGCACAAAGACCCAACCAAGCGCCUGGGCUCUGGUGAUCGAUCCCUGCAGGCCGUUCGCAAGCACGCCUUCUUCAAAACCGUCAACUGGGCAGCACUAGCUGAUCAUCGCCUUGAGGCCCCCAUUCAGCCGUUCCGCAACCGCGUCAAUGCCAGCGACGUGCACGAGAUUGAUCGACAUGAUGAGCGUGACAUCAAACACGUCACCGUGACGGCCCAGGAACAAGACAAGUACUACGGUCACUUUACCCAUACCAUGUCCCAUGAAUGGCAGCGCGAGAUCCUCGCUUCCAUGUAUGAUAUGAUGGUCUCAGCUGCUGAUAAGGCAGAUGCCAAGUGGCACAAGAAGAUGGCCCAGGGUGACCACGACACGACGGGUUGUAUCUUGCAGGGCAACAUCAAGCGGCGUGGUGGCAUGCUUGGUCAAUGGAAGGCCGGGUUCGCCUUUGUCUUUCGUGAUCGCAUUGACGUGCACCCAGCCAUCAACGUGCGUUGCAUCGCCUACUGCAAGCCUGCCUGCCGUGUGCUAGCCAAUGUUGACCUGCGUCACUACUCCUCACCAACAACCGCCUGCUGGCACCAAACAAUACAGAAACCUAUGCGAAAGCGCAUUGUCUUUGAGGCAGGCACAGUCAUUGACGACCACAGCGAUUGCAUUAUCAUCCACAACAAUACGACCAACAUUUCUAUCAAACCAGCCGUACGUGGCGGCCGCCUGCGCAUCGCCUCACCCUUGCGUUGA